UAUUGCUGGUGCCGUCUCAUAUCCGUUCGAGACUUGCGCGUGUGCAGUGGCUAGUUUGCGGGCUGCCUUUUCAAGGAAUUUUAUUCAGAUUAAUCAGCGCAUACACAUAUAUACAUUGCUAACCAUGAAUCCGGAAGGGCACUCCAGUGGAACUGUUCGGUACAGUGCGGCUUAUUGGCUGCCGCAGGGCUGUACCAGCGCCACCUCCACAGCCACCUACACAGCCUCCUUCACAGCCACCACCACCAGCACCACAACCAGCACCACCACCACAGCCACCACCACCAACACCACCACCACCACUUCUACCACUCGAACCACCGGCACCAAGAGCACCAUAAAAAUUAUUUCCAACACCGUUAUUCGUCCAGCAAAAACCGUUGCCACAGGGAAGCAGGAGGGUAUGAUACUGACAUCGGAACAAUAUAGAUUGAUGCAGAAGCGGUCAAUGACUGUGGAGGAAAUGGGUCGGGCAGGUGGCAAGCAGGCCAAGUUCUCAAAAGUAUCAGAAUACCGGCCUUCUGCUCCCGUCCAGGACUCCCGUCACCCCGCCAUACCAUCGUCCAUUACCGUGCGGAAGGUUAUGGGUAAGCGCCCCGCCAUCACCACCGCCAACACCACCGUCUGAACCACCGCCAACACUACCGCCAACACCACCGUCCGUACCACCGCCAACACUACCGCCAACACCACCGUCCGUACCACCGCCAACACUACCGCCAACACCACCGUCCGUACCACCGCGAACACCACCGCCAACACCACCGCCAACAACACCAUUCCAGCCUCGCUUCCCGAGACCAUCGCUACCGUCGAGACCAAAAUUCCGCGCCACCCUACCGUCGUCCCUGCCAAAGCCGGAGUUCCUGCAACAGUUCCUGCUGUCGUUGCAACGGAUGCUCCUGCCGUUGCUCCUCCUCUGACCGAUGUGCUGCAGGUGAUAACCGAGCUGUCAGCAACAAUUAACCGCCGCUUCGACGAAUUCGCCGCGGAAUUUGUCGCCCUUAAAAAGGAAGUGAUGGUCACUCGGAAGACCGCCAUGGCUACCGAGCUGGCACUAAACAAAUUACAGAAAAUAGUAUGUGCCGAUCCAGACGGAUACGCGCUUCCGGCGACGGACGGUUUCACGCUGCAGCCCAUACGGUCAGAGGAGGAGCUGAAAAGCAUGGAGCAGAAGUUGACCGACAAGCAACAUGCUAAGAACUGCCUGGCAUGGUUGCAGAACGUGGUGCGGGAUCUUGUUUUCGACAGUGGCUUUAUUUCACGUUGCCGGUGGUCUAAGCGAAACGGGAAGGUGUCGAUGGCACAUUUUCCGAACGUAUGCGAGCUGUUCCGCAAAGCCGCAGCGACCUGGAAGGCGCCCAUCACCACGGCAUACGUGGUGGAUUUUUUUAAACGCGUGUUGCGGUAUCCUGCCAAGUCGAAUAAUGAAAACAAAGAAGUAAUGCUCAAUGUAAAUAAUAAUGAUAAUCUAGGUUAGUUUAGUGUAAGUUUUUUUUUUAUAGCGUAGAUAGACAAGUUAAGUUUAGUUUCACGUUGUACAUAGUUAGUUUAGUUAGUUAGUUUUUUAUUUGAAUUAUUAUUAUAUAAAUGAAUUAAAUAACUAGGAAUUCAUGAAUACAAAAAAUGCAUUCUGCCACACAGCACCCAA